GCUGCAGCCCCGCCUCUCUCCCCGCGCGUCUGCAAACUUGGGGGCGGGAGGCGCAGCCGAGGGUCUGACGGCUGCGGCGGGGCCUGGACGGAAGAGGGGGCGAGCCCCGGGGCGCCGCACGUGGACCCCCGGCACGGGCACGCUCACGUGCACCCGUCCUUUCACGCCAACGCGUUUCCUGCUGCCCCCACCCCUGCACCACUGCACGUCCCAGACCCCGGCCCAGCCUCCCCGCGGUCCCUAGGCUGGGGGAGCUCAGACAGGAGGCUAGGAGGAGGGGGACUUUGGGGCUGAGGCUUUGCCAAAGGAGCAGGAGUUUGCCAAGUGUUGUAGGAAGCGGGAAGGGUGCGCCAGGUAGGGGGCACGGCGUGUGCCAAGGCCCGGAAACGUGAAACCGAGUGCUUUUCGGGGGCAACCGGGAAGUCAGUUGGUGGAGAAAAAUCAAAGAUGGGAGGAAAGGCGAGGCUGACAAGGACCCUAAACGGUGAUUCCCCAAGUCGGCCACUGGAGGGAUGACUUGGGGGACCAGGGAGGAAGAGCAGGUGAGGGGGAGCGGCGGCCAGGACAUCUGGGAGGUGGCUGGACCCGUGGCCUGGACUUUGGGGGGCGGUCGAGUUGGAUCGAUGAUCGAUGGGGACCCUGGCGGCCUCACCCUGGGGGAGGUAGAGACGAAAAAGGAACUACGGUGUGCCCGGAAGGUGGUGGCUUUAGGUCCACAGGGAGGUGGUUGGCAAGGCAGGGGUAACAGGGGGAAGGAGAAAAUCUGAAAUGCCGGUGUGAGCUCCGGGCCAAGAGAGUUGAGGACUCAGGAGGCAGGAAUCCCCCGUGGCCGCCCGCUGCUUGGCUGUGGGCUCCAACUUGGUGUGUGCUCAGAGAAGGCAGUGGUUGGAGUGAACAGGGCCUGUGCCAGGUGGGGAGACUAGCCAAGGUGUUUGUGCAGCCUGGCCUCUGGAGCGGCCUGGGAAGAGCUGGAGUUCGCAGGGUGGGAGCUGCCCUGUGGCUGGGAGCCCGUGCUGGCGUCCCUGCCAGGCGGUGAUCUCACAGAAACAGGGUCUAGCUAUGUUGCCCUGGCUGGUAUCAAACUCCUGGACUCAAACGAAAGUGCUGGGAUUCCAGGCAUGAGCCAGCGUUCCCGGCCUGCAUACGGGAUGAUUCCAUGUGGACUGCCACAUCAAGGAAGCAAACAAGGAAAGCCUGGCGCUGCGUGGAGCUGUCUUUCGCUGCUAACUGCCCUUGACCGACUUCCUACCAGGCCGCCAUGGCAUCAGAUGAAGGCAAACUUUUUGUUGGAGGGCUGAGUUUUGACACCAAUGAGCAGUCGCUGGAGCAGGUCUUCUCAAAGUACGGACAGAUCUCUGAAGUGGUGGUUGUGAAAGACAGGGAGACCCAGAGAUCUCGGGGAUUUGGGUUUGUCACCUUUGAGAACAUUGACGACGCUAAGGAUGCCAUGAUGGCCAUGAAUGGGAAGUCUGUAGAUGGACGGCAGAUCCGAGUAGACCAGGCAGGCAAGUCGUCAGACAACCGAUCCCGUGGGUACCGUGGUGGCUCUGCCGGGGGCCGGGGCUUCUUCCGCGGGGGCCGAGGACGGGGCCGUGGGUUCUCUAGAGGAGGAGGGGACCGAGGCUAUGGGGGGAACCGGUUCGAGUCCAGGAGUGGGGGCUACGGAGGCUCCAGAGACUACUAUAGCAGCCGGAGUCAGAGUGGUGGCUACAGUGACCGGAGCUCGGGCGGGUCCUACAGAGACAGUUAUGACAGUUACGCUACACACAACGAGUAAAAACCCUUCCUGCUCAAGAUCGUCCUUCCAAUGGCUGUGUGUUUAAAGAUUGUGGGAGCUUCGCUGAACGUUAAUGUGUAGUAAACGCACCUCCUUGUAUUCCCACUUUCGUAGUCAUUUCGGUUCUGAUCUUGUCAAACCCAGCCUGACCGCUUCUGACGCCGGGAUGGCCUCGUUACUAGACUUUUCUUUUUAAGGAAGUGCUGUUUUUUUUGAGGGGUUUCAAAACAUUUUGAAAAGCAUUUACUUUUUUGACCACGAGCCAUGAGUUUUCAAAAAAAUCGGGGGUUGUGUGGGUUUUUGGUUUUUGUUUUAGUUUUUGGUUGCGUUGCCUUUUUUUUUUUAGUGGGGUUGGCCCCAUGAAGUGGGUGCCCCAUUCACUUCUCUGAGAUCGAACGGACUGUGAAUCCGCUCUGUCGGAAGCUGAGCAAGCUGUGGCUUUUUUCCAACUCCGUGUGACGUUUCUGAGUGUAGUGUGGUAGGACCCCGGCGGGUGUGGCAGCAACUGCCCUGGAGCCCCAGCCCCUGCGUCCAUCUGUGCUGUGCGCCCCACAGUAGACGUGCAGACGUCCCUGAGAGGUUCUUGAAGAUGUUUAUUUAUAUUGUCCUUUUUUACUGGAAGACGUACGCAUACUCCAUCGAUGUUGUAUUUGCAGUGGCUGAGGAAUUCUUGUACGCAGUUUUCUUUGGCUUUACGAAGCCGAUUAAAAGACCGUGUGAAAUGAA